UCAAACAAAACAUACAAAAAACACUAAAACCACAUUUUUUUUUUCAUAUACUAAAAAACAAUCAACUUAAGUCUCCAUCAAAAAUUGGUGGGGUGGUGGUGGUGGUGGAAAUAAUUAACUUGUGUGCUUCACCCUCAGCCACCAUUUUUUCUGCCUCCAAAUCUUUUUACAAUGAUCUUUAUCUUCUUCAUCAAGUGAUAAGAGUGACUUUGAUUGAUCUGAAUAUUGUACAAGAGCUAAGAAGCAGAUCUGUGGAUCAACAACAAACUCUAGAGGAUUAUUACAAUUAUCAUCAAAGGUUUUGAUUUUGUGGAUCAAGAAAAGAGAUGAAUUCUUUUGCACAUGUUCCUCCAGGUUUUAGAUUUCACCCUACGGAUGAAGAAUUAGUUGAUUAUUACCUCAGAAAAAAGAUUGCUUCAAAAAGAAUUGACCUUGAUGUCAUUAAGGAAAUUGAUCUUUAUAAAAUUGAGCCAUGGGAUCUUCAAGAAUUGUGCAAGAUAGGAAGUGAGGAGCAAAAUGAAUGGUACUUUUUUAGUCAUAAAGACAAGAAGUAUCCAACAGGUACUAGAACAAAUAGAGCUACAAAAGCAGGAUUUUGGAAAGCAACUGGAAGAGAUAAGGCUAUUUAUCGUAAGCAAUGUUUAGUUGGAAUGAGAAAAACAUUGGUAUUUUAUAAAGGUCGAGCACCAAAUGGACAAAAAUCAGAUUAUAUAAUGCAUGAGUACAGACUUGAAACCAAUGAGAAUGCCAAUACUAUUCAGGAAGAAGGUUGGGCAGUGUGUAGAGUAUUCAAGAAAAAACUAGCAACAUCAAUAAGGAGAGAAGGAGACCAAUUAUACCAACAUGAGUCACUAUGUUGGUAUAACGAUGACCAAUUAGUCUCCAAUUUCACAUCUAAUUUUGACUCUCCACAACGUAACAAUUUUCCAAAUCCCUAUAAUGUUACACCUUCAUACCAUCAUCAAUUACCCUACAACAAUAUGCAUCAAAACCCUCAUAAUAAUGAUGCAUUAUUUCUUCAACUCCCUCAAUUAGAGUCACCAAAAAUCCCUCCAUCCUAUGGAUCAAUCAACAACAACUCAAUUUACAAUAACAACAACAACUAUGAUCAAGUGACCGAUUGGCGAGUACUCGAUAAAUUUGUUGCAUCUCAAUUAAGUACUCAACAAGAUGGCUACAAUGGUGCUUGCUCUAGUUCCCCAGCAUCUGAAAAAAUGAACAUGCAGCUUCAAAGUGAUACCAAGGGACAAGAAAUGAGUUCAGAAAUUGCAUCAUUAUCUGCUUCAAGUUCACAAUUUGAUAAUAUAUGGAAGUAAUAUAUAUAAUCAUAGAAAAUAUAUGAUGAUUGGAUUUGAUAUAUGUACUUAUAAAUUGUCUCAGUUUAUGUACAUAAUAAAACUCAAAUAUGGUACGUGAUGUAUUAGAGGUUUAAAAAUUUGUACUCAUCUAUAAGAAUGAAUGAAAUUAGUAUUUAAGAAAAAAGGACAAAAAACAUAUAGAGGACCUCUAAUAUAUGUAUAUAGUACUAUUUCAAGGCUAAGGAUCUAACAUUUUAAAAACAAUUUCGAUCAUUUCUCGAUUUGUGCAUCAUGUCUUACUUUUUAAAUAUUUUUCUAAUUUUAUCGGAUGUUCAAAGAAAUCACUGCGAUCUAAAGAAAUAAAAUAAUAGGAUGAUACUAUAAUUUCCAGAUCAAUUGUGUUUAUACUUUAUACUAACUAAUUUUUUCCAGCUGAAUAUUGAAGUUUUUUCGGUAUUAUUUAAAAAAUUUAGAUGAAUAUUUCCAGCAGAUGGAAGUAGAUAAUUUGUAUUGAGAUUAUGCUGUCAAUAAAAACUUCUCAUUUGGUCUAAUAAAAAAAAAAGAUCGUGAAGACGUGAAUUUCUAAGUAAUUAAUAAGUCCGUGUUCUCGAUUUCUAAUCACACAAAAUGUUUUUAUAAGUUGAAACUUAUUUAACAAAAAGAAACAAUUAAUUAGACUAAAAAGAAGUUAAAAAUUUAUUAAACUAAUUACGGUAAAAAAAAAACUCGUAGGAAGCUACGGGUAAACCUAUUAUCUAUACUCCUACAACUCAUAUAUAAUUGAAUUUAUCAAAUUUAUCCACCUCUUAUAUGCACCUUAAGUCUCAUAAUUACAUCUAUAUUUUAUAUCCAAACUUGUAAAUCUAACAAUGCAAAACUAUUUUUAUUGUCAACUAAAGAUAACCAUUUAAUUUGACAUGUACUAGUAUGUGUGCAUAUUAAAUUAUUAGCCUUGUGCAAGCUAGUCAUGUACUUACUAUAGUAUAACACGAUAGAGUGUACGUCGAUUCUAUUUUUACCUCAUAAAAAUAAAAAAAUUGAUUUU